AUGGUCCCAAAACUACCAGGAGAAGAUAAAAAUAUUUGCUCUCAAUCAGUCCUGCAGACGCAGUGCGAGAAUGUAUCCAGUAACCAGGUAAGAGCAGACAUCACUGACCUCUACAGAGCUGUACAUUCCAUAGAGGGGACUUUGAAUUAUCUAACCAGCUCUACCUGUCCCUCACACCAAGAGCACGACACUGUGAAAUGAAGCACAUUAUGGCAUUUUUCCUGGUGGACUACUAACAGGCUUGAAAGCCGAAAUAUUGCAUUGCAGGCCUGAUUUACACAAAAUAUAUUAUAUCCAUUUCUUCAGUUUCAGAAAUUCAUGUUUUUAUCAAUGUCCAAGCUGCUGGAUUAAUGAAUCUGCAAUUAAUAUCACAAUAUAUUUUGCAUGCUUUCUAGGGAAAGGUAUUUAAAAAAGUACUCUUUGAGUGAAAAAAGACAGAAUAUAUUUAAGUAUGAAAAAAAAAUCUGCAGCAUAGCUUAUUUAAAUGUUAACAUACAAUAAAAAUGACCAACAAACAUCAAUAUGUGCUAGUGAUUGCUGAAAGAUCAAACUCCCAGCACUCUUGGGUUGCUGCAUGGACUAUAGUAUUCAGCCCCAGUGUAAAACAACCCAAAAAAGGUCUGCAUCCUAUACAAAACCUUAAUUUAUAUAUACAUACCAGAAGUAUUUAGUACCCACCAAUGGCUUUAAUGCCGGAAUUAAUGAAAACCUCUUUGGUAAAUCCUAUCCUCACUGGAUUAUUCACUAACGUGUGAAAAUAAUGAAUUUGAAUUGUAGAUUUAUUUUGUUAUAAACUGCAAUUCAGAACAAUUUUAGCUGAUGAGAUGAUGUCGGAUUUCUGGACUCUGAGAUUAAAUAUACCUGAAUCACGGAUCAACACAGCAGCGCAAUGUGGAACAUGUGAUGUUCCAUUCAUGAUCCUGAAGUUAGACCAUGCUGCCCCAAAAGAGAUGAUUGAUGGGAAGAAAAGAUGUUUGAUGGCUAUUGGGCAUUCACUAAAUGUUGAUUUUAUUCACAGAUCAGUGAGAAGUGAGCAACAGAGGGGGAAAAAAGACAAGCAGCGAAAAAAUCUACAACUAUUAAAUCUAUAACUAAUAAAAAAUAGUGUAGCAUUAAUAUAAAGGGCAGAUAAUAUCAACGUGGUUGUACCUUUAACAGACCAAUAGACAUUAUUUCCAAAUCCAGGUAACGUCAAAUUUUUUAUAACAUACCAUAGUGCAAAGUUAUCCAAACAGUUAAGAGUAUAAACCAAUAAAAAUGGAACACUCAAAAGCAAAGAGCUAACGAACCUAGCUCUGAUAUGAAUAGCAGCCGGGUCCGUUAAGGCGUCCCACCGCUGGUGUAUGUAGGUAUCUUUCUUCACCAAUCCUAACAGAAGUAUUAGAGAGACAAGAACAUAGAGUAGUACAAUACUGUACUAACAUAUAAAAAUAUAAAUAUAAAUUAAUACUCACAAGACUGGAGCCUGCAUAAGGCUCUAUCUCGGCAGGCUCUGUUGUAUGUAGACUACACUGCCAUUAUUUAGAUUUGCAGGAUACCGGAAACCAGAAUAUAAGCAAAAUAAUUUAUUAAAGUCAACACCAAAAUAUAAUCUAUAAAAUAUAACCAAAGGAACAAUGUCCAAUAUAGUUACUAAAGUCCUUGUUUCAGUCCCCAGAACAGGUUUUACCACCACGCAGUAGCUCCCUCAGCCAGGUAGAAAUCAAUAAGCUGGGAUAUGAUUAUUUAUUUUUACCCAGCUGAGGAAGCUUUAUUUUCUGUUUUCUAUGAUACUUCGUACACUGCCUGAGCAACACUGAGAGGCAUUUGCAGCACAGUGUAUAUAUUUAUUAUCCUUACUUUAUUUUUUUCUUCGGUACUGCAGUAACCCUUACCUCCUUUUAUUUAUUUUGUGGCCACAAACUCUAGAGCAGGGUUAGGCAAGCUUCGGCACUCCACAUAUUUUAGACUACAGCUCCCCUGAUGCCUUGUCCACAUUAUGACUGUAAAGCAUUUAGGUUAGUGUAGUCAAAAAAUGAAAUAUAUAGAACGGUACAACUAUACCAUAAAUCAAUAUAAUUAAAAAGGGGCGGCAACAAAACACCAGCAAGCGACUGAAUUGAGCAAUUAACUCACAAUAAAUCAAAAGGUGUGUGCGCUCCCCCCAAAAAAUCACAAACUAAAAAGUUAAAUAUAAAAGUAUAAAUCUUUUAAUAAUCAUCAAAUAGAAAACUAUCAUAAAAUAAUUCAAAGGCUGUUUCACAACCUCCCUAAUGGUUAUACCCACACUGGAAUAAUAAAAUAAAAUUAGAAAUUGUAUAGUGGUUAGAAACACACAAAAUAGCAACAGAGUAUAAAACCGUAAAUUAAAUACUCAGUAUAGUAUCCAUAUACAACAAAGUUGCUAGAUGUAUUCAGCUGUAGACAUGUCAAUAAAUCAUAUACAAAUGCAUCAAUAAUAUGGAUAAUAUGCCAAAGAAAACAAACACAACAAAAAAUAUAGACACAUCAAAUAAUAUAAAAAACCUUUAAAAUAAAAUCCAAGUCAGGGAUAACCAAAAAGACCCCCAGAUGACACCAAAUCACUCAAUGAAGAGUGGGAGCAAAUGCACUAUAGGACGAAAAACAACCUAUAGCCUUAAUACCGCGGUCGGGAUCUUCGAAUAAGACUGCGGUAUUAAUAACACACAGGCGAAGGAAGCUGUGCAAGAGAUGCUGCCCAGGAUGUAAGAAACUCUCGUUGAAGCGCCGUGGUCAGGAUCUUCACAAAAGACAGCGGCAAUCAGCCAAGAAAGACAAGGUGCCAAAUGGGGUACAAAGCUGGAGGCAAGGAAACAGCCAAAGCAGGUAUGUGUAUAGAUCAACGUGUAUACUUUUCAUGUUUGUUGAAUUUUUUUAAUUCUACUUAUAAGAAGUAUGACUGUGAUGUUGAUUUGAUAAACCAACAUAACAAUUUGUCUACUUUCAUUAUGUUUCCAGACAAUCACGGUAGAUGGAAAGCUUAAAUCAGACCACAGUGACUUUUUUCGUUCUUAAAGGUAUUACCAAUGUUCCGAUGCUGCGGGUUCCGAUCUCUCUUCUGGUUCUGCUGAUUUAUCUCAUCACCCUUGGUGGCAACAUGACAAUUCUUAUGCUCGUCUGUUGGGACCUUAAGUUACACACCCCCAUGUACUUCUUCCUGUGUCACCUCUCUGUCUUAGAUAUGAUGUCCAGCACGGCAACCCUGCAUAGAAUCUUUGUAAACUUCUUCUCAGGAAGCAACAAAAUUUCCGUAUUUAGUUGUAUGACUCAAAUUUUUAUGUUUAUGACAUUGGCUACUGACCAGCUGCUGCUACUGACAGCGAUGAGCUUUGAUCGAUAUGUUGCCAUCUGUUACCCAAUGCAUUAUGCCAUGUUUAUGAAUCGGACAGUCUGCACUUCAUUGGCCAUUGCCAGUUGGCUGUUGGGUGUUGUGGAGAUCACACCAAUGUUCUGGACAAUUUCAAGAUUUACUUGUUAUAGAGGCAAUGAAAUCAACCAUUUUUCAUGUGAUAUUAUACCUCUCAUUAAAUUAUCUUGUAAUGACACAUCUUUUUUGAAGACCUAUCUGCUUAUCGAGGGCUAUUUUGUUGGGUUUCUCUGCCCAUUUCUCUUGACUUUCAUAUCUUAUGUCUUCAUAAUCAUUACCAUUCUAAAGAUCCGUUCCAACACUGGGAGGCGUAAAACAUUCUACACUUGCUCCUCCCAUCUCACAGUUGUCAUUUUUCUUUACGCAACCCUUGUUAUUCAGUAUCUCAGGCCAAAUUCAGCAGACACCUUGGAGUCCAAUAAACUACUGUCUCUCUUCAACACAGCAGCUGUUCCUAUGCUAAAUCCUCUGAUAUACAGCCUAAAAAAUAAAGAUGUGAAGUCAGCAUUAAAACAAAGGCUAAAAAUUUGUAAAUUAAUGUUUUAAAAUAGGAAAUAAGGCAUUUAAUUUAAUUACAAUGUGCUUUUAUUUUUUCAAGAUAAUAUGCUCAUUUUUAUUGGAGUGGGAGUGCCUUGCACACCAUCUUUAAUGGCAAAAAUGGGAUCUAUGCAAUGUACUGGACAAAUUACUAACAGAUAUAUGGUAAAACAAUAAAUAUGGUAAAAAAUAAAUAUUUUAUAUAUACAGAAUAAAUAUGGAAACUCAUUGACACGUUUGUGCAACUACUUAACAUCAGUGAUGAUAAUUUAUUGAAUUUCAACAUAUAUUUGACAUUGUGGUUAUCGGCCACAGUGUAUAGAUGUAACAUUCAGUUUAAAGGGAUUUAAUAUCUACAGUAUGCACCCAAACCACCAUAGCUUAGUGUCUGUCAGGGUUGCCCCUGUCCCACGUUUUGUUUGUUAAACCAUUGGAAGAUGUAUGACAAAAACUUUAACUCCCCUCAACACCCAGAGACUGCCCCUUACUCAACUAGUAUUGACCAUGACAAAUUUACACUACACAACCUGGGGGGUAGAAAUAGGCCAAGAAGCCUGGGCGAGGAUUAUAUGUCUGCUCUCACUCUAUACAGCCAUCCAAACUGAAUGGAAAUGACACUGAGACUUCAGAAGCGUAAAUACUAAUCUAAUUGAGGAGGGAGCAAUAUAUGGAUGCUGAAGAUGGCACCCAAAGAUUUUUUCCAUCCUAAUUCAUUACACUGACCUGUGCACUACUGUAACGGAGCUCCUUGUACUCCGACUGAGUACCCUCCAUUGACGGAUGCUCCUAGCGCUUCCUGAGGACUCCAAGCGCUGCAGCAGACACCACAACCACCGCAGACUCCGCAACCGCCGUAUCUUGACUGGAGUCUCGCCGUCUUCCUUUCACCCUGGAUCAGCUUCUGUCCUCCAGGACUGUGUGGGAAAGAACUCUUCCUUCCACCCUGUAAGAACCUCCAGCAUCCAGGACUGUGUGGUGAAGACCCCUCCUCCAUGGAGAGCGUGUCAGGAACAAGCUCUUAAAAGAGCUAAGUGACUCAAGCGCAGGGGAGCAUGCAGAGCAUAGCAAUCCCCAGUGUGAUUAUAACAGCUCCCUCCAAUAACGAGACAAGGCUACGUUUAGAGGGAUCAAGAAGAACUGUCAAAACCUUUAUUUCCCUUGGGACCAGCCAAUAGGGUCACCACAAUAACAUUGUUGUGAAACCUCAAUAAAAUCACAAACAGUCAAACCAUAUCAUGCAACACACAGUGACUUAUCACAACACAAUGGCACAUGUUUAAAGGGGUGGGGGGAGACAAUAUUUAACAGUAAAUAUCUCACCUGCCUGCAGAAUUAGCAAUAUGCAAAUCUACUCGAAUAUGCAAAUGAACCAGUCUUGCAAUUCAGGUAGUGCAUAUUGCUGUUGCUACCAACAGAGGGCACUAGACAAGCUCCAUAGCCAAACCCACCUAGUUGGUAGCAAACCUCAGCAAUACAAGAGAGCAGGCAAUACAUUACACAGUACACACACUAUAAACAAUUACAUAACACACACCCUGCACCUAUAAUGGGUACAGGGCGACUAAAACAUAAGAUAAAUAAAGCAGCCUACAUAAAUAGUCUGUCUGAAGGUAGACUAGGGGCUUUAAAGCCAGAUACAUGAAAGAGUCAUAGUCACAGGGGAGGAGGCUGGCAAGUAGGCCUCUCCAGGACCAAGUGGCGAAGGGCACUUCGUCACAACUACCAACAGACUUGACAGCCAAAAAAUGUGCUUUUUAGGCUUAAGUUAUACAAAUUGUAUAAAUAUCCAUUGGUUCAACUGCCGCAAUUCAUGUCACAAUAUAUGUUACAUGCGUCCCAUGCAAAGGUAUUUCAAAAAGAGCUCUUUGAAUGAAAACAAAUAUCUAUAUUUUUUCAAGAACGUAAAAAAGUCUGCAGCAUAGUUUAUUGAAAUCUUAACAUACAAUAAGCAUUACCCAAUACAAACAUCAAACCACCAGUAUAUCCUAGUGUCGGGUGAAAAUAUAUUAUCCUACACUCAAACUCCCUGCACUUUUGGGUUGCUGGUAAGAGUAUUGAGCUGCAAUGUAUAACCAAAACAACCGUAAAAUGUUCUCUGCGUACAAUACAAACCCCUAAUUUAUAUAUACAUAACAGAUGUUUUAGUACCCAUGUAUGGCUACAAUGAUAGAAUUAAUGCAAACCUGUUUUGUAAAUCUUAUCCUCAAAGGAUUAGUCACUGAUGUGAAAAUGAAAUAAUUAGAUUUGUAGAUUUGUUUUGUUAUGAACUGCAAUUAAGACGAAUUUGGACUGAUUGGAUGAUCAGUCGAAUUUUUGGAAUCUGAGACAAAAUAUACCUGAAUCAUGGACCAAUUGAACUCUGCAAUAUAUACCAUGUUUGUUUUUGAGUCAUGAUCCUGACGUCCACCCAUGCUGUCAAAACAAAAGAGAUCAUUGAUGGGGAAAAAUAAAUGAUUCAUGGUUAGGGAACAUUCUAAUAAAUAUAUAAUCUAUAAAUAUAGAUAUUCUUUUUAGGGCUCCUCCAUGUAAUCAAUUUUGGUCAAUAAAAAAAGAAAAGAAACAUUGUUAAUCUAAAGAAUUAUUGAAUUUGGUAUGCAUAUCACCAAUUAAAGUUACACUCUAAACUACUAAAACGGAAGAUUAUAUUUUCUAAUAAGAAUAAGUGAUACAUCGCUGUUUAACGCAGUUCGGAGAGAUGUACGUCACUAUCCAGAUGAACUCCCAAAUUGACGAAACAGAUUGAUCAUAUAGCAACGAUUUGCACAUUGAUUUGCUCAGGACUUUAGUCACUUCUUGAUCACAGAUUUCGGUCCUUCCAUCUUCAGUGAUCCAGUCUCCACAUGUAUUUCCUGUUACCUGCUUUAUUGAUGAUCUUUUGGUUUAAGAAUGACUGCCAGACAUUGUCUUUAUAAUUCCUACUCCAACACUGAUCCAAGUUUUGCUGCGUUUCCCAUUCUGAACUACGUAAGGUUCCAUAUUGGCGAUUCUUGUAAUGGAGCUAGAGGCUUUCUCAAGCCCCUUGACCUGGGAUUCUGAUGUCUCUAGAGUAGGUCUAUGUUGCUGGCUAAAGUUGCUAUCUGGAUGGUUAAGUUACUGGACAUUUGUAUAAAUGUCAUGAGCUUAUAUUUCUUUUAUUAUUUAUACAUUAAAAAUGUUUGCAUAUAUAUUGUAUUUCAUCUGGGUUACCUAUUUUUUUUCUCAACAAUAUGUGAUAUUUUAUCGCAUACUUAUAUUUUUCAUUGAUACUGCCCUCAUGUUAAAUUAUAUUACUGCAGUGGGGGUUAUUCGCCAAAGUCUGCACCAAGUCUGCACCAGGUUUGCACCCAUAAUACAGCACCUGUCACUUGGCCACAUGAAACAUGUAUCAAACACAUUGUAAUAUCAUUCUCACAUCUACACAGCAGCUUGCAUUGCCAAUGAAAACACAGCAAACACACGCCAUUGCAGUUUUAAAAUGUUCCUUUUCCUGUUCCCUUGUCAUGGAUAUUCACUAAAGUGAGAAUUCAAAGCAAACUUCAAAUUUUAGGUCAAAUUAGCUGAAACGGAAGAGCGUAAAGAAUUUUUCCAAUUUAGCAAUUUUGAUCUGAAAUUUUAAAUUAAAUUAGAAUUUUCUUUGGAUUCUCACUUUAGUGUGUAAGUACUCUUCAUUUAAUAUGCUGUUCGGUUCAGUUAUGACACAGCAUGCAUUUAAUAUACAUUCUCUGCUCUCUCUUCAGCAAGGAGAGGAUGUGCUACCCAUCCGAAUAUCGUAG